AUGAUGGCUGAUGCGAGGGCUGAUGCGCCCGCGCCCCGCAAGAGAGGCCGUCCACGAACCGUGACGGUCUAUGAGCAAGCCACGGAUAGACGUCGCGAGCAGCUGCGCGUAGCACAGCAAACGUAUCGCCAGCGAAAGGAGACUACGAUCGCCAAUCUACAAACUCGCGUGCAAGAGCUAGAAUCAGGCGUUGAAGAGCUCUGCCGCUCCUUCCUAUCAUUCAGUACUCUCCUCUUCGACACCAAUGUUCUCGAGAAACAACCUCAUGUCACAUCCGCGUUCUACAAAGUCACGCAGCAGUGUGUGUCCUUGGCCAGGAGGGGCUGCGACGAACCAGAUCAAGCUGACCUAGCUGAUGCCGUUGUGAAGUUCCGCAAGCUCGACGUUACACAAAUCAUUAAUCUAGACUAUAAUCCCGUCGUUGCACGACAUGAUGCCUUGCCAGCGGUUGACAAGACCACCCAGCCCUCACUCACCACGGCAGACCGAUGUCCGGUGGCGCAAUCACCUCCCACGCCGUCCCAUCAAGAACAAGAAAUUCUCCCAUUUGGAAUAGUCUUAUCGUCGCCAACGAUUCCAUUCUCAUCUGCGCGUAGGCCGUCCUUAGCCAGACUUUCGACAACGGUAUCCGCUAGCAGUCUUAUGAAGCAAGAGCGCUGGAUUCUUUCGCACCGUCUCGUGCGAGAAUGCUGGGAUAAUGGGUAUCGAUUACUGAUAAACUCAUCUGGGAAUGAUCCGAAAAUUCCGGCUAUAUUUGGCAAGCAAUUGAAUGCCUCUGAGCGCAAACAUAUGAUCAGGGGAUUUUAUGCUGCCUUGCAUGGCGAGUUCGGGGACAUAAUUGAGCUCGGAACCAAAGCUGUUAGCCCUCUCCGGCCGGUGAAAGAUAUUUACUGGCCCGAGCAACUCGCGAUAUCAUCGCCAUCAUCGCCAUCAUUGCAAAUAUCCUUCGAACCGGGGUCUGAUGAAUGGUUUGACGCGAGCGACGUGCAAGCGUUCUUGCUACAGAAGGGGAUUCAGAUCCCGGAUACUAGCUCUCCAGACUCCAGCCCACGAUUCACUUCCUCAUCACAGUUCAAUGUGAUUACCUUUAUUAGACUUCUUUCUCUCAGCCCUAUCUGCAAUGGACAUGGACCAGCAUUCCGAAAGCGAGAUGUCGAAAAUGCGUUACAUCUUGCGACCUCCGAAAACCCUUAG